AGGCCUCAGAACAACUGUAGGCAAUUGUGACAAAUGACAACUGACACUUGUUUAUGAAUCUGAUGUGGCCCAAUCAUGUCGAGUCGAACAUUUUUUCUAAUAACUUAAUUCUUUUUCUGUUAUAAAUGUGCUGCUAGAGGAAGGAGUUUGUCGUAAAUAUGGCAUAUCAAACACUUUUACAGGAGUAUAUGCUCAUACCUCCCGUAACAAGAGCUUAUACCACCGCUUGUGUGGUCACCACUCUAGCAGUCCAACUGGACUUAGCGUCACCACUUCAACUAUAUUUCAAUCCUAAUCUAAUACUGCACAAAUACCAACUAUGGAGGCUGAUUACCACAUUCCUAUUCUUUGGAAAUUUAGGGUUCAAUUUCUUUUUCAAUAUGAUAUUUACCUACAGAUACUGUAGGAUGCUUGAAGAAGGCUCAUUCAGGGGGCGGACGGCUGAUUUUGUUGUUAUGUUCAUGUUUGGUGGAGUAUUAAUGAUUUUAUGCGCUUUCUUUGUUAAUUUAUUAUUUUUAGGACAAGCAUUUACCAUCAUGAUUGUUUAUGUCUGGUCGCGCAGGAAUGUCUUUGUGAGGAUGAACUUCUUUGGGUUGAUGAAUUUUCAGGCACCUUACCUCCCUUGGGUGUUACUCGGAUUUUCGGUCUUGCUAGGCAAUGCUAUAUCAGUGGAUUUAGUUGGAAUGGCUAUUGGACAUGUAUACUUUUUCCUGGAAGAUGUGCUACCAAGGCAAAGACGAGGACAAAAAUUUCUGAAGACACCUGCAUUCCUGAAAAGGCUUUUUGAUCCGCUGCCGGAGGAGCCAGAAUAUGUGCCGCUUCCUGAAUUGGACAACAUACGACCAGGUGGAUUCGACUGGCGCCGACCUUACCAACCCAACAACCAAGAAAAUGAAAAUAGAUAAACAUUUAUGCUACCAAAACGGCGAGUGAUAAUAUUUAAAGCCAAACUACAUAUUUAAGAUAUCAAUAUUGCGUAAUGGUAUUUUUGGAAGUAGGAGGUUUCAUGUCUAGUACAUUUAAUGUAAUGUGUGAAUUUAGCCAUAAGAAAAAUAUUCAAUGCCAA